GCCUUUUGCAUCCCUUCAACUGAAACCCUAAAAGAGAGAAAAAUAUAUAUAUAUAUAUUUCUCUCCAAUGGAAACCAAACCUGCAGCACAGCAUGAGCAGCGUUAUGAUGAUUUUAAACCGCGUUGCCAAUGGAAGCAGGAAGGAACUAAAAUUCUUGAAGUUCAUCUACCAGGUUUCAGAAGACAAGAUAUUAGAAUUCUAAACAACACGAAGUUGGGCACCCUAACCAUCAGCGGAGAGCAACCUAGGGUUGAAGAAACUAAAUCUGCUGCUUUACCCAGACGCUUCAGUAAAGAGAUCAAAAUUUCUAAAAAUUUUAAUACGGACGGAAUCAGGGCUAAGUUUUCCGGUGAAAUUCUUUCCAUAACUAUUCCAAAGGAAGCUCAGCAUUCUGCAUGGUCGUCGGUUAGUGACUACCUAGUUUGUUUAAGAAGCAAAGUUUCGAGGCCAAGACUGAGCAAGAAGACGGCUGUGACGGCGGUGGUGAUUGUUUUGGUCGUGGCUCUGGGAGUUUGUGCAGUAUCUAGAUUUCCAAUGUCAACUUGGUCCGUGAUGCCUUUGAUCAAGUUCCCUGAAUGCCUUUGUGGCAAUACUAGCAAGUACCGUUGAAAACUGUAAUCAAUUAUAAUCAUAGAGUAAUACCAAAUACAGAAACCACACAUUAAUGUAUAUGAUUUAAAAGAUUCAGGAAAAUAUGGCUAUAUGAGAAUUAAUUUAUAACC